CCGAUCAAUCUUUACACCUAUAUAUAAUCGCUGUCACCUUUCAGCAAGACUACCAAAGAGUUUCACUAAAUUCCUUGUAAAACUCAAUUUUAUUCACUCAUUUUUGUGGUUGUUCAUUCCCAAUCAGGCAGGCAUGGCUAUCUCGAGAAAGCUUGUUCUGCUCCUAAUUUACAUAGUAAUUGCGGCGCCACCUCGCGCUGAUGCGGCAAUCACAUGUAGCACGGUACUCAACGGUCUAAUCCCGUGCCUCAGCUUCGUAGUCAACGGUGGCAAGGUGCCACCGACUUGCUGUAGAGGGAUCAAGUCCCUCUACGGUAUCGCCAAGACCACGGUGGACCGCAAGGGCGUUUGCUCGUGCUUGAAAAUUGCUGCCUCAAGUGUUAGUGGUAUCAACUUUAAGAACGCUGCUGCCCUCCCUGGCAAAUGUGGGGUGAAAAAUAUUCCCUUCAAGAUUAGUCCUAAAGCUGAUUGCUCAAAGGUGAGAUGAAGGACGUUCAAUCCAUACGGUAUUGCAUGAGAAUAAAAGUUAUGUUGUCUCUAAUCAUAAUUUAGACAUAUAUCUAAGUACUAAUAUAUAUGUUUUUGUGAUUGUCUUUAAUUUGGUACAUAAUAAUUGUACUGUGGCACGGAUACUGUCCUUGUGCAUCUGAUUUCAUACUGUUACAUCAAUAUAUGAUCAACAUCAAUCACU